AUGUCGAGUUUACGCUGUAUCGACGGUAUUUGGAAGAUGCUGGAUGAAAUGGCUCUUUCUGAUCCUAGUGGAUACCGAAAGUUCUGGGAUCUAAUUAAUGCCCCAAAGUCAAGCGCAGAUCCUAUUCCCCUAUACUGUGGAAAUAUCUAUAUGGUGGAUACAGAGGAAACAGUGUCUGUUGCAAUGCAUCCGUCUGUCUUUAAGCAAUAUAAUUUUUCAAGGGAUAGGCCUAACUCUAUGGAAUCAUUAUUAGACGCGGACCAGCUAAUAGCCCUGAUAAUACUUUAUUUGCAGAGCGAGAAGCAUAUCCAGACUGUGGAGGGAGACCGAUUAACUUCGAAUAACCUACCGAAGUUCUCUACUGAAUGGUCCAGUCGGUCACAUGGGAGUGAUGAUUUAAUGCUUGAGUCUCUUAACUAUAAGAAGUUCUCCUUCCUGAAUUUUGGCAAUCAUUCGCCAACUAGAUCGAAAGACGGAGGCCCUGCCCACCCACCCACUAUUUCGUCCCACAUUAAAAAUCACAAUAACUUAAUAGAAGAAAUCAAACCUCAACCGCACUGGAAACUAAUGCAAACACGAGCAAUUCCAAAUGCCUACGAGUACUCCAUCCAAUUGCCUCCAGGUACGAAACUAAAAGACUGUGAACUCGACAUAUCUCCGGUGAGUUGCCGAUACAACACAAACUUCUUUAGACUAACCUCUCCCUAA